AUGGACCUCUACGCUAAGCUCGAGGUCUACCCCCGCAACGAUAAGAAGUUUACCGACGCCAACGAGGCCCUCGCCAGCGCGAUCUCCCUCAUCCUCUCCGCCCACCCGGGCCCCGUCCGCCGCUUCUGCGUCCCGCCGCACAUUCUCCAGGACCGUCCCGCCACCGUGGACGCCUGGCUCAGCUCCCUGGCACUUGUCAACCUCCAGGAGCUUGAUUUCUGGGAUGGGAAAGAUAUGAUAUAUAGGUAUAUGCAACCCUCUCCGUUGGCACCGCCACCUGCCUCUACUUUCAGGUUCUCGGCUACCCUGCUAGUUGCUACCUUCGGCAAAUGCGAGGUCCUGGAUAGCUCAGUGGAAGGGAUUCACUUUCCCCACCUCAAGCAGCUCGGCCUUGAAGAUGUCAGCAUCUCCGAGGGCUCACUGCAUACCAUCAUUUCCAGCUGCCCUGUCCUGGAGUGCCUGCUGCUUAAAGACAUCUUUGGGGUUGGCUGCCUCCGGAUUAGUUCCAGUAGCCUCAGAAGCAUCGGUGUGGGUGUUGAUCAUCCUAGGGAGAAUCUCCAGUUCUUACAGGAAGUCAUAAUUGUCGAUGCCCCUUGUCUUGAAAGAUUUCUCUAUCUUGGCAUGCCAAUCAAUUUAACUGUAAUCUCGGCACCUAAACUGGAGACCUUAGGCUGUCUUAUUGAUGAAUGGUUUCAUCCUCCCAGGCUUGUGUUUGGCACCGCAUCGAUUCAGGGAUUUAAAGUUGUAAGCUUGACAACGGCAUUGAGCAAUGUCAAGACUCUAGCCAUCGCAUCAGAUUUUAUUGAUCUUGAUACGGUCAUUGAGUUGAUGAAAUGCUUUCCAUGUCUGGAGAAGUUAUACAUAAAGGGAUUUCAUUAA